AUGGAAGAUAAAGAACAAGGAUAUAGAUUAUUCGAUAUUGGGUUAUGUGAUGGAAUACAUAUUGAAUACCCUGACACUUGGAAGAUAGCAAGAGUGACACAAAGAGUCUAUGUCUUUUUACCACAAGGAAAGGAGUUGUCUGAAAGAUACACCUCAAAGUCUGCAAUCAUGAUUGUAUCUGAAAAUCUUAAAGAGAAAUUAAAUGGUGAAGUUACAUUCCCAAAAUAUGUAGAUAUGAUGACCAAAUCAUUAAAAGAAGAUGCAUUGAGAGUGGUCGAUGGUUAUGAAACUGGGAUUGGGCCAGAUGGCAAAGAAGGUCAUUAUUGGCGAUACGAUUUCACAGAGAGCGAGUUUAUAGACGAGUAUGUAAUGUUGGAUGGUGACACACUCUACACGGUGCAGUUGACAACUGGAUCGGCAAAAGAUAGAGAGGAAUUGGGACCACUGCUCAAGCACAUGGCAAGUACAUUUAAAUUGGUGAGACGAACGGGUCUCAAGUUUGCAUACCUCGCACCACACGAUAUUGUGUGGGAGGCGUGUCGAGAGAAUGGCGCUAAAUUGGAUACAUACAUGCAAGUCACCUCGUAUCUACCCUCGCAGCGAUCGCCAUUUUGGAAGCGUCAUUCUGACGAUGCCAAGGGUAACCGUAUAGUGAUGAAGUCGACAUUGGUCGACGACCUCGUGUUGAGCUUCAAAGUGGGUAAGACCGGCCUGCCCGCCGAAACGUUUAUAGAGACGUUGCACGGACAACUGUCCAAAGACUCGAUUGCACAGUCGGUUGUCAAGACGACCGUCGCCAAAGAAGACACUGAACACGCGACACUCGGUCUCCCCGACUACAAACACACCGCCGUUCGAUUCCAAACCAAGUUCCAAACCACCAAACAAGACGAUAAGGACACAGCCAAGACAUACAGCAGCGAGACGAUCAUCGUGAUUGUCGAAGACACCUAUAUCCAAUUUGGCAUAUCUGCGUUGGAAGGCGAGAUGCAUCGCUACCACCCACUCUUUAACGCAAUCUAUUCGUCUCUGCGACUCAAAGAGGUAGCUCGUGAAAAUGAAAUCAAAGCAGACACUAGAGUUGGCUCACUCGCACAGUACAACCUCUACUGCAACCUCAUGUCCAAUUUUUCAGUGCUCAUUCCCAUCCAACUCAACAUCUCAGAGCACAGUGGUCACAACAACCUCAUCUUUGUGUCGACCAAAGACAGUUCACACAUUGCCGAAAUAUCAGUUGAAAGACUACCAUUUGACGAUCCAACAUCCACCGUACCAAUCUCAUUGAUCGAGUAUCACAACGACACCAAACUACUCUUUUCAUCACAACUGCAAUCAAUGAAAAUGAUCAAUGAAAAACCAGCAAGAAUGGGUAAAUACAAAGCAGCCAGUAUGUUGUUUGACUCUGCCGUCAGAGUUGGAUCACCCAACCCAAAUGUCAUGUCUGAAAUUGAAAUUGAAAGAUAUCUUGUCAAAUUGGCUGUCAUGCAAGGUAACAUUGGUGUUAAAAUAUCAAUGAAAUCAUUACAAGAUAAAUUUCAAGAUUCCUAUGAUACAAGUAACAAAUAA